UGUAACUAAAACCAUGGCGUUUCUGUAAAAUGUAUCAAAAUUUAUCGUACUUAAGUGAAACUUCAGUUUAAAAUGUAGGGAGGCUAGCCCAAAAAGUAAAAACAUAUUGUGAAGUUUGCAAAUUUAGAACAUUGAUUGUUAAUCCUUUAAACUUUAAGGACCAAUGGAGGUUGUUGGGUAAUCCCAUGAUAUUAGACAUUGAGGUGUAGAAUCCAGCAUCAGAAUCCAAACAUGAAGGUGGCUCCAAUGUUAUUGAGUUUGUUUUUGGUUCUAACAGAGUACGUCCAAGUCAUAAUUCUGGUGGCCACCACACAAGAAUAUCUCUCCAAAAAUGGAAUAAUUGCGACCAUCGACGGCUACAGACCAAGUUGCCCUGGGUGUAUCAGAUUUGGGAUAGACGAUCUUUACGUUUACGGACGCAUGCAUGUGCCAAAAGAAAAACUUUAUCUGAUGGACAAAGGACGAUUUUACUUUGAAUUUUGCGGUUCUCGAUUUGAUGGCCCUUGUACAAAUUAUAAGUCAGAAUGGAAUAUAUAUUGUAGUUAUAAGCAAGAGCUCAAAGUUGGAUGCGACAAAAACAUAAUGCCACCUCAUCGGCCAUGCUGGUGUAACGACACUACACCGAAGCAGUGGUUAGUUCGCAUUAAAUACAAUUUUUUUGAGAGGGAUGAUAUGGCAGUGCGAUUUAUCUUCGAUCCAGAACCUAACAUGGAAACACAUGCAGACAGAGCUCCAUUUGAAAAAAACAACACUAUAUAUAUUCCAGAUCUUAUCGCGCGUGGCCACAUUGUUAAACCAAAGACUCAAUCCAGAUCUACUAACGAGUCUUGGUCGAUGUCACCAGAUCUUCUACUGGAAAUGAUGUCUGUGGUACUGGUGUUUUGUACUUUUAGAUUUCCAUGAAGGCGUUCAUCUUCUUUGCAUUUGUUUCCUAAAGUUUUAUUUUAAUUCGAAUAUUCAUUACUUUUUUAAAAGUUUUGUUAGGUAAAAAUUAAAUGAU